UUGAAAUCCGUCAGUAUCGCGAAACUUGAAUUAUUAGGCGCGCUGUUAGCUGCUAGGCUGUACUCGAAAGUAAUUAAAUCGCUUAAAGUGAAGUUCGAUUCUGUGUAUUUUUGGUGUGAUAGCACAAUUGUUCUUGGGUGGGUCCGAAUGUCACCCCACACGCUUAAAACUUUUGUUCAAAACAGAGUGUCGGAGAUAAACGAGUUAACCGGGAGCGCGCAGUGGUUACAUGUAAGUAGCAAAAAUAACGCAGCUGAUUUAGUUAGCCGUGGCCUUGAACUUGACGCGCUUAUUGAUAAUUCGUUCUGGUUCAAUGGACCGCCCUUUUUGCAUGAACCGGAAUCCGACUGGUUACCUAGUACUUUAUCUCGCACUUCGCAAAUAAUACCGGACGAUUUACCUGAAAUAAAAACAAAUACAAUUAGUAUGAUAAGCCAAAUUAACACCGAUGUAUUCGAAUUCGACAGGUUUUCGUCUUUUAACCGCUUACGGCGCGCGGGUGCUUAUGUUUUGCGAUUUAUAAACAACACACGCAUUACAAACAAAAUAAAUCGUAAAACUGGCCCGCUGACUGUUGACGAAUUGAAUGCAUCGAUGCAACAUCUGGCGCGUCUUUCGCAAAUGAAAUCUUUUCCUGUUGAGUAUGAUAAGAUGAUAAAUAACUUACCUGUUAAACACACGCGCGGUAUUAAUAAAUUAAAUGUCUUUUUAGACACAGAUAAACUAAUAAGGGUCGGUGGUCGUAUUAGUAAUGCGACUAGUUUUUCAUACGACAAAAAACAUCCGAUUUUGCUUUGUUCGAAACAUCGUUUCACACAGCUAUUGUUUCAAAGUGAGCACAUACGAUUACUGCAUGCGCCUCCUAGUCUCCUGCUUGCUACUAUCAAAGACUGCUGGUGGCCUCUCGGAGGCACUAAUUUAGCAAAGCGAGUGGUACGCACCUGUGUAACCUGCAUUCGCAUGAAGGCGAAGACGUUCGCGCCUAUUAUGGACCCAAACGACCUUUCCGCAUUAACCCCAGCUCAUUUCCUUAUUGGCCGACCGCUGACAGCGCCGCCCUGCAAGGACUUGACGGCAGAGACGGGCCGGCUCCCACGCUACGAGAUGCUGGAGAAAAUGCGACAACACUUUUGGCAGCGAUGGUCGAAACAAUACAUUUCUGAGCUGCAGACCAGAACGAAAUGGCAGACGCACGGCCAGGAUAUCGUUCACAACUCCUUAGUUCUGGUCAAAGAAGAUAAUCUACCACCCCUCAAAUGGCGUUUGGGACGGGUGGUAGCUCUGUUCACAGGCCACGACAGAGUUUCCCGCGUCGCUGACGUAAAAACAGCGAGUGGGGUCAUACGCAGGGCUUUUACCAAGCUUUGCCCUCUCUUGAUGCCGCCAGAGAGUGAAGCUGCGCCAGCCCCAUCCACAUCACCACAAUCACUUUGAAAGCGGGUGCUUUCAAGGCCGGGGGCAUGUUCGCGAGCCUAACGCCACCUAGCGGGCAUCCCAAGAAGAGGCGGAGUUCCAACCACGGCCGCGCAGGGGCGCGGCGAUAGCUAACACUUUACCAUCUACACGGCACGACACACAAGCCGCUCACGCGAUUAUUUUUGCAUUUUAUAUAA